AUGAGAUCAUCUCUAUCGACAGUAGUCAAUACCACAUAUCCAAGACCCCAUUUGGCAAUAGCUUCUGCUGUGUUUUCAGGUUCAUUAGGAUCUAAUGGAGAAGGAUUACGAUUGGUCUUGACAGAGCAGAAUCUACAUCCUCUAGUACAGGUAUCACCCAUCAACAUGAUAGUAGCAGUGGCUUUAGACUUGUCGGAACCACCCCAACAUUCACCAAUAUUUGGGCAUCUGGCUUCUUCACAGACAGUAUGCAGUUUUAAUCCUCGAAGAUCAUCUUUUAAUUUAUGA